AAUCAGACUGUCAAGGGAACUACAAAACUAAAGGCAACAACUACAAAACGUUUACGCAGUACAAUAUUAUACAAAACAUCAAAUUCAAGAAUUCAAUUUCGAAUAUAGUUCGCUCUCAAUUCUCUUGCAGAGCGACUGAGAAGACCAACACUGCUGGAACCGGAGAUUGACAUGGACUGUGAGUUUGGCAUGGAUUAUAUUCAGAAAUUUCGAUCGGAUCGCGUGCGUGAAGAUUCCAUGGAUAAUCAUAAUCAUCGUAUGUCUGGCCCAUCGGCUUGUGGAGUCCGCAUCGUGGCCAAAACUACCAUGGAGCUAAUGCCCUUGGUAAGCGAUCAGAUUGACGAGGAAGAGCUUUGUGAGUCGCUGUCUGGCUUGACCAUAAUUGAGGAUGCUGAGCCGCAGACCAAGCAGCUGAAACAGACUGAGAUGUCCACCUGGCCUCGUCCUGAUUCCCAGAUCGAGACUCGUCCCUGCUCUCCCGAAUCGCACACAGAGGAGCUCAACUCGUAUACCAUUUUGCCAGCUGUGCUGAAGAGCAAUGGAUUCGUGGACCUAAUGCCGAGCACCUCAGCCCAGGCUCGAGCUUUGGCCCUGGCCAUGCAUCAACAACAACCUUCCUCUGUCUCCUCGUCGCCACUCUCCUCCUCACAUCGCUCCUCAGUUCGACCUUAUCCAGAGUAUUCGCCAUCAAACACUCCACCAAUUGCUGAUCCCUUCUCAGGCACGCCCUUGACACAGUUUAAUUUCACAUACAUACACUCGACUGAAUCACCACAGCCUGCACCACCACCACCGCCCCCUCCAUCACCGAUGUUCAGCAACAGUUUCUCUUUUGGCCACUCCAAUCCGUUGGCCAAUCUGCCACAUUUGGCUGGAAAGGAAAACGGCAAUAUUCAGUUCAAUCAGUUUGAUGCUUGUGCAGAGGAUUAUUCUCCGUCAGGCCCCUCAAACUAUCGUUAAAUGUUGGAAUUCUUCAAUAUAUAUAUAUUUUAAAGUAAUCAAUAAUAACUUCUAUGGAUUCUCAAUAAACAAGCUUCAAGUUUCACACGGCAAAUCAAUGAAGGAGAAACUCAGCUCAAGAAAUUGCGCUUCGUAGAGUUACCCAAGUACUUGUUAUUUAUCAAGUUCUAAAGUUUUUUUUUCUUCAAAACGGUCAUUGGACGCAUCGCUAGUCAAAUCAAUUUACGUUGCACGCAUUCAAGACGAGACAGUUCUCCAACUGCUGCCACGUCUCCACGUUGAUGCCACGGAAAUGCCAAAGUGGCAGAUAAAAACAACAAUAACAAGAUUGAAAAGGCAAUGGCAAAACGGAGCAUCAAAUCAAAAAACAAUUACGAGGCAAAUGACAUUAUCAAAUGUCAAAUGUCAUGUUUAGGAAAAUGUUGUUGAGCGCUACCUCCCCUGCUCACAAAAGCGCCCUCCAAACGGGACAAAAAAAAAAAAAGCCAAAAAAAA